AUGACACUGACUUCACGAACGUCAUCUGAUAGUUCUCUCCACCUUGUACCGGUGAUUGCUUUGUAUCCAUUGGCCAUCCGGUUCAACAGCCUCACGAUGCCAGCUGACAACCACAACUUCUGUUCUUGGCCAUUCAACCGAACUUUCCAUGUGGAAAUAAAGCAUACGUUUAGCAAGAGCCUCACACAGAGUUCUUGUGAAGAGAUUUCGGAAGCAAAAUGUAAUGAGACAACAAUUACAUUUAAUUCAAAAUUCAUUACAAGCAAAGAUAUCGGGUCGGUUCCAUUGGAAUCUAUGGUGUUAUUAACCAUUCAACUGAAGAAUAGAGCAUCACCUUCUUCUGUGACUUCCAGACUGGCAUUUAAACUACAGGAAUCCAUGGAAACUAACAAUAAUUAUGAGUUGCAGGAACUGAACCAUGAAUCCAGUGUGUCGAUCCACUUCUUACAAUUAUGGAAAGAUUCUUCAUCCACCAAAAAUGACAACAAUGCCUUAGAAAAGGAAACCGAUGCUUGUCCCCAAAAUACGGAAGAUGACUUCAAGACAACUGUCCAUGGAGAUUUAUUUUCUUAUUCAGAAGAAGCCAUUAUGAAAAUAAUAGACGAAAGUGACCAAAGAGCUAGAAUUCCUGAUUCUUCUUCAAAUAAAAAUGAUACUCAGAAGAAACUUUCAGAAAUAAAUUGGUCGUCUGUAGAGAAAGAAAAUAUCAACAAAGAACAUUUGUUGAAGAAUUCCCAGUCAGGGAGUAAAAAUGGCAGCGGAGAGUCCGAAGAUAAUGUGAAGAGUUCUUCCUCUUUUAACAUCUCAACUACAAACGAGAUGCAAAUUCUAGACAUGUCAGAGCCACCACAAAACAUUUCAGCAAUCACAGAGUCACCCUCACCACCAUCAGUACCACGACCCUCACCUUCAGCACCAACAGCAGCUCCGUCAACAUCAUACACGUCAGAGAGAAAAAUGUCAUUAGCUGAUAUAGUUUUCCCUACAGCUAAUAAAUCAGCAUCGUCUCCACUUCAUCCCUCUACCCCAGUCACAUCAAACUCACCAUUUCAGUCUGUACAACCCUCGGCAUCCACCUCACAGCCACAAGAAACGUCUUCUAAAAGCCUGACAUCGCAGCUGCUCACUCACGAAGCUGUGUUCAUUAAUGUGUCAACAGUUUUUGCCAACAAGCACACGUCAGAGUCUGCUGGAGACCUUCCUACAACAACAACACCGACUACAACAACACUGACUACAACAGCACCAACAACAACAGCACCGACUACAACAGUACCAACAACAACAACACCGACUACAACAACACUGACUACAACAACAACACCGACUACAACAACACUGACUACAACAGCACCAACAACAACAGCACCAACAACAACACCGACUACAACACCAACACCAACAACAACACCAACAACAGAAUCAACACCAACAACAACAACAACACCAACAACAACACCAACAACAACAACAACAACAACAACACCAACAUCAGAGAGUACAACAGACUCAACUACUGAACAUCUCACAACCACAGCAAAUAUCCAUCCAACUACUACCACUACUACCACUACUACUACUACUACUACUACUAGCUCUGCAACAACAUCAGCAGCAGCAGAGACAACAAUGCCAACAACAGAUAAUGAUGGCUUAUCGAUGACUUCGAUGCCAGACAAUACAGACAACCCACAGGUGGACACCACAGCAGACCCACAGGGGAACAAUGCAAAUAAUAUGGAGAUGAACAGUACAGACGCUUCGCUGGUGAACAGUACUGAUGCUUCACUGGUGAACAGUACUGAUGCUUCACUGGUGAACAGUACUGAUGCUUCACUGGUGAACAGCACAGCAAUAAGUGAAGCAAUGACCAUGACAGAAAAAAUUGGAAAGGAAAGCUCUGAUGUUGUACUCUGGCCGGUCGCAGUAGGUCUUGUGAUUGGAAUUCCUUCGCUUAUUAUCUUUUCAAUUGCUUUUUGCAUCAUAAUGAAGCAAAGGCAUAUUGAUCCUAGACAAUUCUUUUUCUCUGCAUUUGGAGAUGAAGCCUCAUCAAUCAGAUAGGAACCUGGCCAAACUCUCGUGGCUGAACUAUAAGACCAAACUGAGUUCCAUUUAAAAUAUUGCACCAUGCAAACUAUAUUGGUUUCAUUCCAAUUUUAUAUGUAGCAGGAUGGACACACACACACAU